AAAAGCCAAAAUGGAUGGUCAGACGUGGUAUUUGAAAACUUCAAAGCUGGCACUGGCUUUGGCGAUUAUCCACACAAAACCAGCAGACAGAAGCAGCAGAGAGUAUACAGAACACCUUGUGGCCUUGGUGACCCAGAAGGAGUCCAAAUGUAAAUCAAAAGUUGAAGCUCUAGAAGCUGAAGUUCUGCAAUUACGUCAAGAACUUUUCCUGAGCAGGAUUUCCUCAGGGUUGUUUAACAAUGGACAUGAUGUUUCCCCUGCAUUGCCAGAUCAGGAGCCUACAAGUUCUGAAAAUACAUUGGCUUUGAUGGAUGAUUCUGGAUGUGUUUUAUCAAAUGAGCAAAGAAGUGAACCUGCAGAGCUGUCCCAGCAUUUUGUGGAGAGCUGCAGCCCCCCACCGCUUCUCCCAUUGCCUCUUGAGAAAAAGCCAUGCAGCACCCUGAAAAAUCCUCCGUCUUCUCACAUGCAGUUCUUGCAACGUCUACUUGAACUGAAGAAACUGACAGAAUCCAGUAGUCUGAAAAUAUACUUAGCCCACUUUGAAAAGGACUCUUCCACAGUUUCUGAUUCUGUUUCCCAGUUGUUAGAUGGCCUGAUCACGUUUUACCGUAAUCCUAAACUCCCUUUCUCAAGCUUUUGGACAGAAGCUGUUGGUACAUUAGCUAAACUGGCAAGUGAUUUUAAUUUAUCUAAUCGUAUUCUUAAAAAAUGUUCUAAGAAGUUGGAAGAAUUUGAGAAAACUCUCCUUCAGGCUAUUUUAGGGAACAACAGUAUAAACCGGUUCCAGGUGCAGCAUUACAUCGCUCAGAGUCUAUUAACCCUAGGAAGUUGCAGCCUUUUGAGAAAGUCUAUUAUAUUGCUACUACUAUCAGAAGUGAACAGCUUUGUGGACCACCUGGGAGCCAUCAAUCAGGGUCAAGGCAAUUUUGAUGUGACACGCUAUGAAAAUAUUUUUUCUCUGUUCUGGAUUCUGGAACAACUUCUUCAACAGGAGACCCAUGGAGAUCCGGCUUUACGUAUUGAUCACAGCAGCCCAGAAAUCCAGACAUUUCUUCAGAAGCAUGAUGAAACCAUCUUCCAACUCUCAGAUGCAUUUCCUUUAUUUACUUUUUACUUAUGGAGACUAGGCAUUCUUUUGAACUCAGCAGAGAUGGAGACUGUUGAGAAUGAAUCAUUUCCUUAGCAAUCUACUGUAUAUCA